AUGGUACAUCUACUCUAUGACAUAACACCUCACUGGGGUCUGAAAGUCCACUGCAAAGACCACUGGCAUACCUGUGAUCUUGAUCUGCCUGAACAUCACAACUACCAUGUCCACCUGGUUGCCACCCUCCAAGUAUGUGGUUGUAGACUGUUCUCCACUUGUCUGGCCUUCCCACUGGUGGCUGACAUGGGCACUGGAUGGGGGGCGGUAGGUAACUGCUUCCUGACCAUAUGGAGCUUCUGUUUCGCCGUGACUCUCAUAACCCUCAUACUCCAGAUUUUUCUGUUCCAGCACCUUUUUCCUUUCUUCUGGUGCAAAUUUUCCGUCACCUACAUCUGUUAUGCUGCUCUCCUCUGUCUCUCUGCCUCCUUCACCUACAUCCAGUUCCUGCCCUCUGGGCCUUACUGGAACUGGGCCAUUGUUGCCACUGUGUUCUCCUGCCUUGUAUUUUAUGCCAUGGAAGUUGGACUGAUCUGGUACUUGUACAAGCUCAAUGAUGUCACCUGCUAUGUGCUCACUGUGCCAGGCCUGCUGAAGGUGCUAGAGAACUUCACGGCCUGUGUCAUCUUCGCCUUCAUCAGCAACAUCUCCCUAUACCAGGAGCAGCCGGCCCUGGGGUGGUGUGUGGCUGUGUAUGCCAUCUGCUUCCUCCUGGCAGCCAUAGUCCUCAUGCUGAACCUGGGGGACUGUGAAUACAGGCGGCCCAUCCUCUUCCCCAUUUUCCAGCUGGGGCUCACCCUGCUCUCCGUCCGCCUCUACGACAGUGCACUGGUCCUCUGGCCUCUCUACCAGUUUGAUGAGAAGGUGGGUGGCCAGCCCCAGCAGUCCAGCGAUGUGACCUCCUCAACUAUGGGUGACCCCAGCUACUACGUGUGCCCCUGGGACCAGCGACUGGCUGUGACCGUCCUGACUGCCAUCAACUUGCUCCUUUACGUGGCUGACCUGGUGUUCUGGUCCUGUCGGGUUUCUGCGGGGACUGAAGAUCCUCCCAGGGGCUCCUGA